UCCUGGUCACAUGACUUUCCAAGAUGGCCGCGCCCUGAAACAUCUGAGUUGUGCAAGUGACAGUCUGUGUCAGUUGAAGAUCUGCAGGUUGGAUCUGUCAUCUCUACAAACACAGAGGAGCGUCAGAGAAACCCUACAACCUCCUCACAGCUGCAGAAAUGAGCAAAGACGAUUUAAUCCUCCCUAAGGACUUCCCUCAGCUGAAGAAUGACACAUUCCUGCGAGCAGCUCGAGGAGAAGAAACCGAACAUGUGCCAGUGUGGUGUAUGAGACAGGCCGGACGAUACUUACCAGAGUUUCGUGAAUUCAGAGCAGGGAAGGACUUCUUCGACACAUGUCGGUCACCAGAGGCCUGCUGUGAGCUCACUCUGCAGCCACUCAGACGUUUUCCUUUCGAUGCUGCCAUCAUCUUUUCCGACAUCCUGGUCGUCCCACAGGCGAUGGGUAUGGACGUCCAGAUGGUGGCGGGGAAAGGUCCCACGUUCCCAGAGCCCCUGAAGGAGCCGGAGGACCUGCAGCGACUACAGGUGAAAGUGGACGUGGAGAAGGAGCUGGGCUACGUCUUCAAGGCCAUAACACUGACCAGACACAAGAUAGAGGGCAAAGUGCCGCUCAUAGGCUUCACUGGCGCUCCGUGGACGCUGAUGUCUUACAUGAUCGAAGGCGGAGGCUCCAACACCCACUCCAAGGCCAAACGCUGGCUCUACCGACACCCCGAGGCCAGCCACAUGCUGCUCAAGAUGCUGACCGACGUGGUAGUGGAGUAUCUGCUGGGACAGGUGGCAGCAGGCGCUCAGGCUCUUCAGGUGUUCGAGUCCCACGCCGGCAUCCUGGGGCCCGUUCAGUUCAAAGACUUCUCAUUGCCUUACCUCCGAGACAUCGCUCGCCGCGUCAAAGAUAAACUCAAAGAGAAAGGACAGGAUGUUCCCAUGAUUGUGUUUGCAAAGGAUGCGCACUACGGCCUGGAGGACCUGUCUCAGUCUUAUUACGAGGUGGUCGGGUUGGACUGGACCAUUGACCCGCGAUCGGCACGGGAACGCACAGGAGGGAGGGUCAGCCUCCAGGGGAAUAUGGACCCCUGCGCCCUGUACUCCCCGAAGGAGUGUAUCUCCGACAUCGUGAGGAAGAUGCUGGAAGGUUUCGGGACCAGGGGUUACAUCGCCAACCUGGGCCACGGCCUCUACCCCGACAUGGACCCGGAGAACGUGGGCACCUUCGUGGAGGCUGUGCACCAACACUCUAUACAGAUGAACAAGCAGGUUUAAAGAGGAACGAGUGGAUCCGGGAAAAAUAUACAAUAAUGCCAUAUUUUAUUCAUAAGAAGGUCUGCGGAAGGAUCCAUUCCAGGGUGUUUUUAGACGACGAAAAAAAACAAUCUGAUCCGACCCCAAAACCAUCAUGUCCAGGGUGGUUUUUCUGAAACAUGGUUCUCCUCUUUUCAUUUACUCUAAUCUGACUGGAAGUGGAUUAAGUGUUUAGAUUGGAAAGGGAUUAGAUCAGUUCUACGACGGAGUAUUCAGUACAAAUGCAUUUGAGAUGAACGCAGGAAUUUUACAACAAAAACAAUCACUUUCACGUAAAUACGAUCCAGUAAUUCACGUCUAAUCCCGUCAUCAAUUUGUUUAUUAUUCGGAAAAAUGAUCCAAAAGCUACAAAAAAAUUUGAUACAGGACGAUAUGAGCAAUAAGAGAAAAGCUGAGAAACGUGCACUAUAAAGAGAUUCCUUCUGUUUUUGUUUUUUCAGGUUUUUUUUAUCCUUUUUUAUUAGAUCUACUCAGACAUGUAGGCUCGAUGAAGCGAUUCACAUUGUAAUCAUGUUGAGAGGUUCCCUGUGAUUUGUUUUUUUUUCUGGCAUUUAUCGCUUAUUUUUCAUUCCCUCAAGACAAAACCUGUUCAGUUACUGUUGGAAAUGAUGUUGCUUUACAUUUUAAAUAAAGUUUUCAUAAUUUAAAUGACACGUU